AUGAGCUCUAACAAUUUGGAACUUAUGCUUAAUGAGCUACAAUCAUCGUUAAAUGUAAAUCAUCAGCACUCAAUUGAGUUGCUGGAUGACUUGGAAACACUAGUUGUGGAUUCAAGUGCUGAAUCAAAGAAGACGGAGGCUCUGAAAAGUAUGAGAGCUAAUUUUGCACGCUCUACAAUGUCUAUGGCAGACUUACGUGACGAACAUACUAAUAUCAUUGAAUCCUACAAUACCAAGUUGAAAUUGGGACCCCUAGCCGACGUGGCCAAAAGUCGGCUUACCGUCUCAGUGGACAGCAAUGGAGAUCCAUCGCUCCUUUUGGACUAUAUCACUGAAGUGAAUGAUAGCCACAGUCUACAUAUGGAGCAUGUCAAUCUCAUCGGUCGACUCUCGUCCAAGUUUAGUGAUUCUGCAGUAUCUUCUUCCAAAGACAGUAGUAACACAGGCGCAGAAUUCGAUCUCGAAAAAGUCUUAGACGCGUAUGAGGCCGAAAAUAGCAGUCCGCAAGAUACGGAGCAAUUGAAACGUCGACUUCUUGACUGGAUUGAUUCUUUGAAGAUGAAUAAAGCUCGUUACAGUUUGGAAAACCAAUAUAUCUUGCGCGAUAUGCUUAAAAAAUUGACUUCUGAUGUAAUGCAAUGGAGACAGAACUAUGAGUCUGUUGAGAAUAUGAUGUUUGGCGGUACACAGAACUCAAUCGUCCAGACACUUCAGAAGAUUGAAAAGCUGAGACCUUCUCUUCAAGCAUCGGCGAGCGAUGAAGACGUCGAGAUGACUUAG